CGACAUUCGAAGGAGACCUGAGAAGAGGUACAAGCUACACCGGAAGAGCAGCACCAUCGCGUUGCUAAUGCUCUUGAUAUCUUUCCAUGGUCGGUCCAUCGAGCUUACGGUAAUGGCUAUGGCUCUUCAACUCUGUCCUCAUCAAUCCUUCUCUUCCCAGACCAUCCUGCAUACAACCCAGAGAAGCCCACCUCUCCAGACCUCCAAACAUACUCAAAAACCCCUUAAGUUACGAUCUCUCAAAGAGAUAUGCAAGGAUGGAAACCUUAGGGAAGCCUUUCUCUCUUUCAAUAACCUCUUCACUUUCCAAAACCCACCUCAAGUCCUUGCGGAUGAAGCCUAUUCAUCCACUUUAGAUCUUUGUGCCCGCAAAGAAGCAUUGGCACAGGGUCAACAAAUCCAUUCGCAUAUCCUGACAUCGGGUUUCACCUCCGACAUUGUGUUCUUAAGCACCAAGCUUGUGUUUAUGUAUGGCAAAUGUGGCUCUUUGAUCGAUGCUCGGAGAUUGUUUGAUCAAAUGACUCAAAGGACAAUUUUCACCUGGAAUGCGAUGAUUGGUUCUUAUGUUUCGAAUGGGGAACCCAAUGAGGCACUGAAAUUGUUCCAAGAUAUGCAGGUACAGGGAGUUGCUGUCGAUGCCUGCACUUUUCCUACUGUACUGAAAGCGUCUGCAGCACUGAAAGAUCCUAACUUUGGGACUGGAAUUCAUGGUCUUGCGGUCAAAUCUGGAUUUGGAUCAUUUGUUUUUGUUGUCAAUUCCCUCGUAGCUAUGUAUGCAAAGUGUGGUGAUGUCAGACAAUCAAGACAGUUAUUUGACAGAAUGGUGGACAGAGGGGAUGUUGUGACCUGGAAUUCAAUCAUUUCUGCUUAUUCGUUGCAAGGACAGCCUCUAGAGGCGCUGAAGCUUUUCCGAGAAAUGCAGAUGGCUGGUGUUUCAAUGAACUCAUACACAGUUGUUGGUGCUCUUCAAGCUUGUGGGGAGCCUUCCUUUGCAAAACUGGGCAUGGAGAUCCACAAUGCUCUACUGAAAUCAGGUCAGAAUCUCCAUGUUUAUGAGGCCAAUGCAUUGCUUGUUAUGUAUGCGAGAUGUGGUAAAAUGGAUGAAGCUGUACGUGUGUUCCAACAGAUGGAUGAUAGGGAUGACAUAUCAUGGAAUUCCAUGCUUUCAGGUUUCGUUCAAAAUGGGCUUUAUGAUAAAGCAAUUGAAUUUUUCCAUGAAAUGCAGGAUGCAGAUCAGAAACCGUGCCAGGUUUCAAUGAUAAACAUUGUUUCAGCAUCAGGUCGGUUGGGAACUUUAUUGAAUGGGAUGGAGUGUCAUGCAUAUGCCAUAAAACAUGGAUUAGAUUCUGAUCUACAAGUUGGUAACACACUUGUAGACAUGUAUGCCAAAUGCUGUUGUGUAAUUUAUAUGGGACGUGCCUUUGACAAAAUGCCUGACAAAGAUUAUAUUUCAUGGACUACUGCGAUUGCUGGCUAUGCUCAGAACUGUUGUUAUUUGGAGGCAUUACGAUUGUUUCGAGAAGCACAAGUGGAGAGAAUGCAAGUAGAUGCAUUGAUGAUUGGAAGCAUCCUCCUUCCAUGCGGUGGCUUGAGGUGCAUUUCGUAUGUAAAACAAAUUCAUAAUUAUGUUAUGAGACAAGGUCUGUUCGAUCUCGUGCUGGAGAACACAAUUAUUGAUGUAUAUGGCGAGUGUGGAGAGAUUGAAUAUGCAUCUCGAAUUUUUAAAAGAAUAGAGAAUAAAGAUGUUGUCUCUUGGACGAGCAUGAUAUCCUGUUACAUUCACAAUGGUCUCUCCAAUGAGGCCCUUGAUCUUUUCUAUGACAUGGUAGAUGCUGGGAUUGCACCUGAUUCAAUAUCAUUUGUUAGUAUACUCUCAGCUGCUGCAAGUUUAUCUGCACUGAGUAAAGGAAAAGAGAUUCAUGGGUUCAUGUUAAGGAAUGGAUUUACGUUGGAAGGAUCUAUUGCAAGUUCUCUUGUGGAUAUGUACGCAAAGUGUGGGACCAUAGACUACUCAUACAAUAUAUUUAACAGGAUUACACAUAAAGACCUGGUUCUAUGGACUAGUAUGAUCAAUGCAAGUGGAAUGCAUGGCCAUGGAAGAGAAGCCAUAGGAUUGUUUACGAAGUUGAAGGAAACAGAUCUUAUACCGGAUCAUAUUACCUUCCUUGCACUUCUUUAUGCCUGUAGUCAUUCAGGAUUAAUUGAUGAAGGGAAGAGGUAUCUUGAAAUUAUGAGAAGGGAAUAUCAGCUGGAGCCAUGGCCAGAGCACUAUGCAUGUGUAGUCGAUCUUCUUGGGCGUGCCAAUUGCUUGGAUGAGGCAUACAGGUUUGUGAAGAGUAUGCCCAUUGAGCCAACAGCUGCAGUGUGGUGUUCUCUUCUUGGAGCUUGCCGGGUUCACUCUGAUAAUGAACUGGGAGAAAUUGCAGCACAAAAGCUUCUAGAGUUGGAGCCUGAAAAUCCAGGGAACUAUGUUCUUGUUUCAAAUGUCUUUGCGGCCACGCAAAAAUGGAAGGAUGUCGAUGGAGUGAGAACAAGAAUGAAGGUAAUGGGAUUGAGGAAGAAUCCUGCAUGUAGUUGGAUAGAGGUUGGAAAUAAGGUGCAUGCUUUCACUGCAAGGGACAGAUCUCACCCACAGAUUGAGGAAAUUUACAUGAAUUUGGCCGAGAUCACCAAGAGAUUGGAAAGAGAAGGAGGCUAUUUGCCUGAAACAAAAUAUGUUUUGCAUGAUGUGGGGGAAGAAGAAAAGGUUAAUAUGCUUUAUGGGCAUAGUGAGAGGCUUGCAAUUGCUUUUGGUCUGAUUAGCACCCGUGAGGGUACACCCAUUCGAAUCACAAAGAACCUUCGGGUCUGUGGUGAUUGUCAUGUCUUCACAAAGCUCAUAUCAAGGUUCUUUAAGCGAGAAAUUGUUGUGAGGGAUGCCAACAGAUUCCAUCAUUUUCAAGGUGGAGUAUGUUCUUGUGGAGAUUUCUGGUGACUAGUGAACCCACUUCUCAAAUGCUUCAGACUA